ACCACCAUGGACGACACAUGAGUUACACGAGAUAUUGUUGGGAUGUCGAUGCCAUAUUCCAAAUAUUUUUGGUGUUUAAACGCCUGACUUGCCAUACACUGGAGUCGAGUUUGUUGAUUUAUAUCAAGCAUUGUGCAUAGAACACACUACGUUCUAAGAAUAAAUCAAGUUUUGGUGUAAAAAAUUAAGAUGUCGACAAGAAGAUCAAGAUUGAGUAUUAAACCAAACCUUGGGCCUAAGGUAGGAGCAGCCAAGGUAGGUUCAACAAAGCCAAAGUCUGCCACAGACAAGAAAGGUAUUCCUAAGAAGGAAACUUUGGACCGAUUGAGGAAAAAGGUCAGUGAGGACGAUGUGGAGAAUGAACCAGAUAAAGACGUAUCUAUUGCAAAAGAAGAUACUGAACGACUCGCACAACCGACCAGCGAUGACGUUGGGAAUAUUUAUCCCGGUGACAAAACUGAAGUACAAAAUUCUGAAAUAAUCUCAGCUGUGAAAAAGGACCAAGCGUUAAAUUGUGACGAUGAAGUCACGACUGGAUCACAAAACCCUGACAAGGCUGUAGCUAAUGAGAAAGAGGGUGGAAAUACAGUGCCAGUGAUGACCAAGCUACCUGUAUCGCCCAAAAACAAAGUGCAGAUGAUCACACGAAACAGACUGCCAAAGGCUAGACCAAACCUAGCAGAUGCUGGAAGACCAAGAAAAGCUCCUGAGCAGGCCAUUAAAGGAGGAAUAAACCAAAGCGCUCCACCAUCUCCAAUAAAGAUGCCCAGACCCAUCAUCAGCCAGUCCCCUGUCAAGGUACUAUCUUCACCUGUAAAGUCUGUCGUUGUGGCCAGAGAACUUAAGGUCCAUUACCCAGCCACAAACAUAACAGACACCAGUGAUCAGGCCUCCAGCUCAGAUACAAAAGCUUCAGGGGAGACAACUGUAGCUGAGCGUCGUCAUCGCAAUCUGAGUGGUAUGGAUGUGCCACCCAUCAUUGAGCGUAGGCAAAGACAGAUGAGCACCAGUGAGACAGCAGUGGGAGAGAAGAGGCACCGCCAUACCAGUGUAGCAGAGACUCCCACUCCCAAAAGAAAGAAGUAUGCCAAGAUUGAUGCUCCAACAGAUAUUCCAGUCGAUCGAACCAAGAUAAAAAUGGGAGAUUUAAUUUACUGGAAUCCAUCUGCAAAUCCAAUGAAGAAGAAGGCAGGACAAGAUACAAAGAAGAAGAAAUCUGUCUCCCCUAGCGAUGAUGAUGAGGAGGAGGAGGAAGCUGUGGUCAGUCUAACUGCUCCUACACCAGAGGAGGAAAACCUUGAUGACCCUGAACCUAUGGAGGAAGAGGCCAUGCCCGUACCACAGGUCAAGAUUGGACCUGAUGGUAACAUCAUUAUCAAUGAGGAAAGUCUUGUGAUAAAGAACAAUGACAGUAUUAUAGAGGAAGACGGAGAUGUCAUCGAUGAAACAGACAGUACUGUCACUUACACAAGCUUCAGAAAGCAGCGAACGAAGUUGUCAUGGUCGGAAAAAGAGACCCAAAAAUUCUACAAAGCCUUAAGUUACAUUGGUACAGAUUUCUCAUUGAUGCUAAGUGUGUUCCCAAAAAGGACUCGUAACGAUAUCAAGAAGAAAUUUGCAAUUGAAGACAAGAGAAACCGGGACAAAGUGGAGACAGCUUUGCGAAACAAAAAGCCCUUCACCAUGGCAGUGUUUGAAGAGGAAGAAGAAGCAGUAGAAGAGAAGACCAAACCAGCAGGAAAGUCCAGAAAAAGGAGCAAAAAGGAAAAUAAAACUGUUGAUAAAUCUAAAAAGAAAACUGGAAAUGAAUGGAAGUAUUAUUACAAAGAGAAAGAAGAUUCAGAGGAAGUUGAAGCAAAGAAAGCUGCUCAGAAACGACAACAAGUGGAAGCAGCCCGGAGACGUUUGUUGGCAACACGCAACAGUUCCCAGAAGGUGCCUCGUGGCCCCGAGGAAUCUAAUGAGAUUGUGGAGAUUCUGAUGAACAUGAGCAAAGGAAGUAACCCUGUACCGCCAGUACCCGACGCACCACAUGUAGAAAACGUCAUGGUGAUGCAGUCAGGCAUGCCUGUGGUUGACAUUGGCACCGAUACAGAACAGUUAGUUCAGCUGCUACAGACUUCGGGACAGGCUGCUCUUAUCGGGGAUAACGUCAACGAACCACUUAUCCUGGUCUACAAUCGUCCGACUGUGCCGGGCGGAGAGACCGUCAUACACGUGUAUAAGAUACAACCAGAUAGCAAUAACCCGCUCAAUGUCACUACAACUCAUCAACGAGGGGGAGAACAGCCUGGAAGUGGCUUGGACAACAAUCCUGCCUGCAUAGAUGUUAACCUAAAUCGUACAAGUGAUCCUAGUAACUUCAUAAAUGUUAGCACUUCCGACUUCUCAACGCAUACACAUAUGCAGAAUCAAGUUGACAUCAAUUUAACAAAUUCGACAGGAAUGCAAAAAAAAAUAGAAGUACAAGCAACAACAGCAAUUCAGAAUAUUCCAAAUCAGACAGAAGAGGUCAAUGAGUGUGUGCCAUCAGGAAAUUUUUAUCAUAAUUUGCACAAUUAUUCCGAAACUGUAUCGCUCACAGACUCAAUUGUGCAGAAUCAAGAACAGUUGGUGACAGACGUCGUAAUACCUGGAGCUUGUUCUGCACAAGGCAGUACAGAAUCUGAACAGAACCAGGAUGGUGGUGACGGUGUAUUGUCUCAUGGUGCUCAGGGAAAAGCUGUUGUUAUAAGGAACGAACAGCAACAAAAUACCAGUGGUGUUGAAUCUUUUUCAGAACUUGGUGAACAGUAUAUUGACGAUAUGACUAGUGUUGUUCCCCAACCUCUUGAGUAUACAUGUAACUCUUAAAGAGUUUAGUUAACAGUAUAUAGACGAUAUGACUAGUGUUGUUUUCUGACCUCUCAAGUAUACAUGCAACUCUUAAAGGAUCAGGCAGUAAUUUCACAUUCUCCAAACUAAAGACUCAACUGUUAGCACACAAUUUUUCCUAUCCGUACAUGGGAAUAAAUUUGAGCUGGUUUCCUGUAAAUAUGCUCAUGUAUUGUACAAUUAACUAUUUAGGGUAAAAGCCCACGGGCAGAUUUUUUAGCUCGUUCACCCCUGAAAUUAAAUAACGAACUAUUCCAACCGUUGAAUUGGUAGAGUUUGAAAUGUGUCUUCAGGGGUGAAUGAGUUGAAAAUAAUACUCCUAUACUUUCAUAGUAAAUAUUUAUCUUUUCACCAGUCCUGAUAUAAAAUAUACUAGUCCCAGGCAUCACCCAAGUGGAGUGAUACUCAGUGAUGCUUGAAAAAAAUAUAGUGUAAGUGUGAGCGCACAUUUUUUCUUUUGGUACAUGGGAACAAAUGAAUUUGGUUUUCUGUAUUACGUGUUCGAAAAAAUAUAUAUUAUUACAUUUGUGCCAGUACUAAUGAUAAUUAUUAUAGAGAGAGAGUCGUAAUUUAUAUAAAAAGAAGUGUAAAAGGUCAGAUAUACAUGUACAUAAUAAUGCAAAUAUUCCUUACAGUACAUCCUCGAUACUCCAGGGGUUACGCUCACUUUCACUCUCUGCACCCCAGGAAUAUGUCAUAGCAAUAUUGAAGGCACACGGCUAGCUAUAUGAUUGGUGUCAGGUAAAAACAAUUGCUAGGCUGAUACCUGUUGUUUGAGGAGCAACACCUAACUUCAAAGUAGAGGUGUAACGAUUCACCGAUGCAUCGAUGAAUCGUAUCAUUUCUUGAGUGCCGAUGCAUUGUGGCAUUGGCCGAUAGUAUUGCGAUACUUUAGAAAAAAGCUAUACAUGAUCAGAUUUCCCAACAUAAUUAUUAAUUAAUCAUCUGAAUGAGUGUGUUUAUUUAGGUCAACUAAAAUAAUAAAUCAUUAAAAGCAGAUUAAUUGAGCAUGGAAUACAAACACUUUAUAUCGGUUUCAUAUCAAGGUUAUAAAUGCUUCAAAUCAAGAAAAACUAUGGCAACAGAUUUAUACAGAAUGUUGUGACAAGUAUCGCGAUAUGUAUCGUAUCGUGACCCGGGUAUCGUGAUACGUAUGGUAUCAUCACAACCCUUGCGAUACACACCUCUACUUCAAAGCCAGUUAAUUUUACCAUUUCGCAACCUACAGAUUCUUUUCAUAAAAAAAAGGAUCAAACUAGGGAUCUCAUCUUGCCCACAAGGUGGCGCACACUGAGAUUUCGAUUUUUGUCGUGACAUAUUCUAGGGAUGCAGAAAGCAAAACUGAGCAUAACCCCUGGAGUAUCGAGGAUGAUGAAUUUGAAGUGUCCUACGUAUACUGAAUUGGUGUCCAAUAUUUAAUCUAUAAACUCAAGUAUUUACCUCAACCGUGACCUUGUUUGUUUGGUUAAAUUUCGUCCCACCUUUAUGUACAUAUUACCGUAUUUAUCCAGCAAUAAGCCCAUGCCUGGUACCCCAUCCAUAUCUUGAAUUUCAGUGGACAUGCAAAACAAAUGUCAACUGAUUGCCCUGUAAUAAGCCCAUCUCCAUUCUUCCAGUCUGAAAUUGAGCGUUGGCUGUGGACUUGUUGAAGGAUAAGUACGGUAUAAACUUCCAGUAUAGCUCAGGGUUCAGUUGUACCAUGGCAAAAAAUCUUACUUUAUGUGGUCACAUUACAUGUUAACAUAUAGUUGGAUGGGUUUCUCACUAAGACGCAAUUUAACCCUUAGAGUGCUACAUUAAAAUAACAUACGGUAACCAAUCAGUGCUGAAUUAAUUAGGAAAAUUUAAUUUUCACUGCAGUUCAAAUUUAGAUAUAACUUCAUAAGUCAUAAUUUUAGUAAAAAUAUUGCAAAAAUAAUACUUGUGUUAAUAUUAAAACAUAUUAAUACCAAUGGAAAUUGGUUAUUUGAUAUGUUUGAUUAAAUUUUAAUCAACACGAUUAGCUGUUGACCAUAUAAAAUACCAUUUUAUAGAAUGUGCAACUAAAGUUGUGACUAGCAGUAACUAGUGGUGGCCACAGACAUACAGUGCAACUAUAGUUGUGACUAGCACUCAAAGGGUUAAGAGUCUUUUUAUGAGAUUUGUGUAACUCUUUAUAAGUAUGGAUGAUCUUGUUACUUUUCGGGUUACUUUUUGUUGUGAUUCAAUGUGUUACAUGAUGAAUUCACGAGGUUUUUAUUUACUGUAUAGCGGUUUUAUUUCGCGGGGGUUUUAAUUUCGCUAUAUUCACGCUAUGACUUAUAUCCAGGAAUUCUAAACACCAGCGAAAUUAUCGAAAAUGUUAAUCACAGUUACGGACCUUAUCACAACAUAUUGAAAAUACUUAUUAUCCAACGCUGUUUUGCAUGCAACCUUUAAUUAAUGAACUCGCAUCAGAUUAUCACCAGACAACUGGGCAGUUCAUGUAAAACAACACUUAUAUAUAGAUCGCCACAACAUAUUUAUGUGUGCACAGUAAUUGAUAACAGUUUACUCCUACAAAGGUACAUACCCAUUUGAUUUCUUUAGAGUGAAGUCACUGGCGGAUGACGUUGCUCGGGAUCAAUGUUUUCAAACCCUUAAAUGAUGACACUCAAAAUACUUUGCACGACAUAUUGGAUUUGGAUGCACAGCGAAAUUUAAUCCCCGCGAAUAUGUACUGAAUACUAAACCACGAAAUAUUGACCCCGCAGAGUUAAAGCGCUUUACAGUAACAACAAGACUUGUACACUUAUGGGCCUUAUAUUUGCUUUAUAUUUCAGUUAAAACAUUUCUGUUUUGUUGAAAUAAAGAUACUGGCUCAUCAUUGUUGGUCCUAUAACGUAUGCAGACAAGAAAAAAAGAUCAUCUUAUCAAAACAUUUUGCGAAACUCUUUCAAAUAUAUUUGGCAAUAUUAAUCAUGAUUAUGUUUUGACUGUUCAAUAUCCUUUUCUCAAUAGCCCAUGAAAAACAAGAAAGUUUCUGUAAAAAAAGGGCCACAGAAAUUCAUGUUUUGUAUACAGGCUUAGCAUGCAUCACUGGUGUAUGUAAGUUUUAAAAAGCUGUAGUAAAUCUGUUACCUUGUACACCUGUGUAUGAUCCCAUGAUAGAAGUCAAUGAUACAGUACCAGCUGUAAAGGUGUAUGUAUGUAAAAUAUAUAUUUCUGUGGUGUUGGGCAUUAGUGUUUGACAUGUAGUGUGUUUCUAAGAAUUCAACCAGGUGAAAUGACAAUCAUUUUCAUCUUUUGGUUUUUUUUGCCCCUUGUAGUCUGAAUUAAAUUAGCAUUGAGAAUGUGAUUAUGAAUUUUGAUCAAAAGCCCAUCAUUGAUAUCUUCAAAGAAUGUUUUUCUGAAGAAGAAACUUUUAAAUUGAUGCCAGGAUGCCAUACAUUAGCAUACAUGUUGUAUGUGAAACGGUAAAUUAUAUCAGCAAGAACUAAUCUGAGAAAAUUAUAUAUAAUAUUUACAUUUUAUAUUUAUUUGAGAAGUUAAAGUAUUGAAUAUUCUCACAAACUUGGAUAUAUUGAACUAGGGAUGUUUGAAUUAAUGUUUACACCUAGUAAGCAGUGAAAUAACCAUGCAGCUUUGAUUAUACCUACUGGUUACAAUUUUCUGAGGUUACAUAUUGAAUAAAUUAGUACGUAUACGUAACUAGAGAUGCUUCAGUGUAAAAUGGUUAUAUUUAUGUUUGUAGGACAACAUCUGGUUCAGGAGUUUUAACUAAAAAUUGUACAUAAUGUUGUUACAUAUACAAUUACAAUUAGCAAAAGCAUACUGACAGCCAUAUGUUGCAAUCUUGAAUAUUAAUAAAGACACUCUUGAUCUAGAAGCCAUGAAUAUUCAUGAAGAUACUCCUUAUCUAGCGAUUUCAUGAAGACUUUUCUGAUCUAGCAAUCAUGAAUAUUCAUUUUGGUACUCCUGAUCUACCAAUUUUAUUAUUACUCUUCUAAUCUAGCAAUCAUGAAUAUUCAUGAAGACACUCCUAAUCUAGCAAUUUCAUGAAGACUUCUGAUCUAGCAAUUAUGAAUAUUCAUGAAGAUACUCCUGAUCAAGCAAUCAUGAAUAUUCAUGAAGACACUCCAGAUCGAGCAAUCAUGAAUAUUCAUGAAGACACUCCAGAUCUAGCAUUUAUGAAUAUUCAUGAAGACACUCCAGAUCUAGCAAUCAUGAGUAUUCAUGAAGACACUCCAGAUCUAGCAAUUAUGAAGAUUCAUGAAGACACUCCUAAUCGUCUGCAGACAAGCUCAUUUCCACAGACAGUUCCAAAUUUGUAUCUUACAGCACAUGUAUGGAUUACAUUACAACCUAUUGUUAUUUUAGUACCAAAUGACUGGUAUGGCUUCAGCUUCUUAUAAAAUUGUACCACUGGUGAUGUAAUUAAAGUUGGGUCCAUACCUUUGAUGAAAAGCAGAAACAAAUUAUUUUUUGGAUAUUGAGGUUGACAGAAGCAUCUUUUUCGGAAAUAUUCUUCGAAAAUGGGUAAAUUAGUUAAAAUUCAAUGUUACAUGUACCAUCAGGGUGAAUAUUUUUUUGCAAGUACCAUGAAAUGAAAUAAAUCGAAAAAAAAAUUAACUAAAUAUUGUGCUUUUUGUUUUCAGUAAUAUGUUUAGCCCACCAUCAUCUGAUGGUCGGACUUUCAAAUCACCCUUCAUCUGAGGUUCGCCGUCUGUCGUUUGUCCUUAAACAAUUCUUGUUAUCGCUAUUUCUCAGAAAGUGCAGGAGAGAUCUUUCUCAAAUUA